GAAUGGGACAUAGGUAUACACACUAUUGAAUGUAUUCCUGUAAUUGACCAUAAAAACCCUACACCUGGUCAAACCAGUCAUCUACUGUGGUCCAAACCGACACGACUAAGAGCUUAAGACGUUUAAGAAAGAUGGCAGCCGCUCAGAGGAAAAUGUACGAAGACUUUUUUGACAAGACCGAUGCAAUGGGACAGAAGGACGGCAAAGUUUCUAUCCAGGAACUGAAGAAAAUGGUUGUAGAAGGUUUGGGACAGAAGAAAUCGGAUCGAGAAAUAGCGGAAAUGUUCUCUGACAUCGACAAGAAUGGAGACGGCCAAAUAACAAAAGAGGAAUUUCUGUGUGAAAUGAUGAAGAAAGAAAGAAGAACAGCUGUUGAGGAAGCAUUUCAGAAGAUUGAUAAGAACGGGGACGGUAAACUGGCCAGAGACGAAGUGGCAGCUGCCAUGCGAGAGAUUGGUCAUUUUACGGACGAAGAGAUCGAUAAAUUGAUCAAAAAAGCUGACAAAAACAAUGACGGUGUCAUUGAUCGGGCAGAAUUUGAGAAAGAGGUCUACUAAGGAAUUUCGUACUUGAUUCAUAUAAUAUACGUACUCUUCUAAAUGUUCAGAAAAUUACUAGUAUUUGCUAUUUUUUUUUUUUUUUUUUUGCUUUAAAUGUUUUUUCACCAGCCUAAUGUAAUGCAAGUAUUUUCAAAUUUGUAUUGUCAAAACUUUAACAAAUUAACUUAUGUUAAUGUUGCUUAUACUGGUAAUUUAGGUUAAAUCUGAUUUUAAAACAGGAUAUAAUCGGUUUCCUCACAUUCUCAAUUCCAUUGUUCUAAGUAAAGCCUGAAUAAGCACAUAUGCUGGUUACAUGUAUAACUUUUUUUUUUACUUUAAUCUGCAUAUGUAUGAACAAAUUUAAGAAAAUUACUAUUUCCCGAUGAUUCUGUCUUAAUGUCCGAAAUAGAGAUGCUUCGAAAUAAUAUUUAUUUGGGUGGCCAGUGAUGACUGCCAUGUUAAUAUCAACAGUCCUCAUAGAGUACUAACACUACUUACUUAAGCAUACAUUCAAACUUUAUCACUUUUUCACUGUCACUGUAUAUAGAUAUCAACGAUGUUUUGUAGAUUCAUGACACAUUUUGGAAAUCCAUCAAAAUAAGACUUAAGCACAUAUCAUAAAAGGGAACGUUUCACAUUUAACACAUUGUCUUCCGAAUUCUGUAAGUAAAGAAUCCCCCCCCCCCCGAUUUAUUAUUACUAUUAUAAUAUUACAACUAAAAUAAUAAAGAUCCAGAAAGAAAUCAGUAUGUAAGUUAAAGGCUUUAUGAAAAAAAGUUUUGAUUAUGUGAUGAGUAAGUUUAGCUUUGUCUUUAGGUAUAUUCUAUUUCUACUUUACUGUUUAUACAUAUAUGCAUGUAUAAUUGUUUCUGGCUUUUUUCCCCCAGUAUAUAUAUCACUUGUACCAAUAACUCAUGUACCAGUUAUCAUUGUGUAUCCUUUUUUUAGCUUCAGUUUGAAAGUUGAAUAUAUAUUUUGUUGAUUUAUAAAUUCUUCAGAUUUUAAACUCUACAUAAUUAUAUAAUAAUGAAAUUCCUUUUACAAUUUUUGCCUAUUAGAUAUUAUACAUGUAAUUUAAGUCAAGGUUUAUUGGAACUACGAAAUUCAUCAGAUUCCAGUAUGUUCAAAUAAAAUGCAAUUAUUACACUCA